UCUCUGUGGUCAAGCUCUUCCAUCCCUUCUGGGAGUAAUUUGGUCCUUAUUCCUCAUCUAAUUUUUUAAGUGCUUUCAAUUUUCAGCUGCUGUCCGUGCCAGUAGCUGAAAGGAAGAUGCUGGUGAGGACGUGUCCUGGAGCUGCCUCCUUUGGCCUCAUGUGAUUGGUGUCCCUCUACUAGGACAGCCACUGUGCUGGUCCCUUCAUGGCAGUUCCCUGAGCUCUGCUGCUCCUGCAUGAAACACCCUUUUUCUUUCUCAUGUCUAACUUUGCCAGCCACAGCCAGAGCUCCUCUUGUUCACCUCACUCCUGUGCUUUCCAAAACGCUGGCCCCAGAUUUCUGUAGUCAGGAUAAAAGUUCUUAAGCUCUUGAAUGGCAAGAACCAGCUUUUGGACAACCUGGAUCUUUUAUUUAACAAUACAGACUUUAGUUUUUUCCCUUUAAAGAUUGCCUUGGCAUUUUGGACCCCUACUCCCUGCUGAACCAGAGUUUUUGCAGCCAGUGCUAGUCCAGAAAAGCGAGAGUGCUGAGUGUGGUGGAUGCUGCUCUAGCUGGAGUUAUCCUGCAUGUGUGUACCUGGUGUUCAAGGGAUGCCGAGCAUGAUAUGUGCACGUGGAACUGAAAUGUCAGGGUUAGUCCCAGGGCAGGGAUGUCUCCUGUUGGGCGCUCACCUGUGUGAGGAGCCUGUGGAAGAGUCCCUUGCUUAGCAUUAAGUGAUACUGGGAAAAUAUGAUUGCUGUUUCGUACCUCCUUCAGCCUGAAAAUCACAACUUCUAAUUCUUAUUCUCUCUCUGCUGCUCUGUGACAGCAGCAGGCAGAUGCCCGUUUAAGACAGCCUCUUCUCCCGACAGACAAGAUGACUGACUUCUGCACAGAUCCUUAGUAGGAACAUCAUCCCGCUACUAUCCAGCAGAUACUAUUCAGUAGAGCUGCUGAAAGGACAAUGGCACUUAUUUACCUAUUUGAGAGCUUCCUCCUGCUAACGAGAGGCAGAGCAAGAGAAUUAUUCCUCCUUUCACCAUUUUGCAGAGGAAUUUUUUUAGCACUUGCUUAUUACGCUGGAGCAGAAGUGUCGAGUUUUGUAACCUUCAACUCCCUUGUGUGAAUAAUGUGUGCGAUUGCUGGUGAGAAAAUUCUAUGAAAUGCAGUUAAGUGUAUUGGUGAAGCGGCUUGGCAGAAGCCAAAGCUGGUCUGAAAUAGAGCUCUACUCUGAGCCAGCCAUUUAAGGAGAGCUGGAGGGACACUCUGCGUGUCCCAGGCUACUUCCCUUGUGCCCAGGAAGAGAAAGGUAUGUGGAAGACCAGAGAUUUGAGUCCCAUGUGUCUGUCUGUGUCCCAGCCAGCACAGAACUCGCUUCUUUGUCCAGGCCCUGAGGAUAUCCGCAAUGGUGGGGUUUUGCUGUACACAGGAGGAUGUUUAUCAGCGAUGCAGUUCAGCAGCACUUUGGCCCUGGAGGGAAUGGCUGAUGCUACUAAAGGAAAUGAGAGCAAAGUGCUGGUCUGGACUAAAGACUCUCAUGUUUCUUCAGCUGAUGGAAUCCGAGGCCCUUACGCUGUACGCAUUUUGGUUUGAUUCAUUUAUCAGAAGAUCAGUUCUACACAUUGGAAGUAAUCAAUUUGCAAAGGGCUUACGACCUAUAUCAUCAGUCACAGAUGGACUCUCAGUGAGAGUAAUGAGACUUACGACUCCCCUCCUGCUCUCCCACCGGGUCAUGGUCAUCCGUCAGGGGUUGUGGGGUGAACCCCGACACAUGGGGCUGCCCAGGCAGGUACGGUAUCUCCUGACACCAGCACACACCAGCCUGGUGAGUGUGCACUUCCAGUGGGGCAGUGGUGACAGAGAUAGAGCGAACAAGGGUGUAUGGUUCUCUUUCUUCCUGGUAAUUCCGUCCAGGUAACCCUGACCAAACUCACAGCAAAGGCACAGACAAAUACUUCAAAAGCUCAUUUUCUAUUACUAAUUAACUACUAGUUAAAUUCUGCAGGUUCUAACCGCACUUGGAAAAGCUGUCAGCCCCACAUAUAUAGGGUAGUUUGGGGAGGCUGUAGAUUUUUGAGCUGUUAACAUAUGAAACGCACCAGCCACUAACAGGGACAACAAAUUAAACUUAAGUUUAACAAUUAUUGCCAUUUGUGAAUGAAAACCAUCUUGAUCGCUCAUUCUUUAGAUUGAGACCACUGAUCAAUAGCUUUUGUCCGAAAAUGAUGCCUGUGGUUUACAUGCAGUUCUCAUAUUCUUGGCUAUAGUCCAAGUCAGGCAGACAUUUACCAUCAUCAAAUCCCUGUGCCCACAAUUCACUUUUAACAUGUAGAGUUAAAUAUUUGGGUAAAACCUAAGUGAAACCUUUGCAGUGUACAUUUUGUAUGGAAUUACUUCAGUAAAAUAUACUUCUUGUGAAAGGAUAUCCAAUGAAAUGCUGCAAUAUUUGUGUCCUACUUCGGGGCAGUUCGUGGGAAAUACCUUUUGAACUUCAGAAGAUCAAAUUUUAAUUGGUAGCUUGGGAAGAGUUGAGCAGGAUGCCAAUAGAGGAUCUGAUGAGGUGAUGUUUAUAAAGACAGGUUUCAACUUAUAGAAAAAACCUCUCUCAAAGACAGAAAAAUCAGCUUUUAUCAGACACAAAUUUUCUGGAGAGCAUCUGCAGAUAUUCAGAAAAUCUAUUUAUAAAACUAGGCUCAAGUGCUCUUUUUCAGAGAGCAGCUCUACAUUUCACAGUUCAGCAUGGCUGAAAUUCCUCCAGAAUGUUUAUUUUUGUUCGGCAUUUCCUUUAAUGAAACUUCCAAACCUCUUAUGAAACAAAUAUUUUGGAGGACAAAUGCUUACUAAGUAGUUGCAGGGUAGACAGCAAUUUCAAGUCCUUGCAUCGCAGGAAGAAGUAACACAGACAGUUACAGCUUCAUAUUUGGAGGGAAGAGAGCAAUUCCAAAGUCAGAGAGGACUACGCAGCACAUCAGUCAGUGGGAACUGCUUAGCUAAGGCUUGAAACACUGCACAGCAUCUUGCUCAUGUGGCUCUGUAGCCUCUGCAGUCAGCCUGUCUCCUUUCAUUACCUGGUUCCACGCCCUGCAAACCAGCCUGAUGUGGAGGAGAUUUGUAUUGCAGUAGCAACAUUCUUGGCAGACUUAUGACCUUUACUCAGUGGAACCAAUGGAAAACAAGUCUACCUGUGUCUUUUUAUUGACUGCAUUCCAUUAUCUUCACAGGUGCUUUCUUUCCUGGCUCUUUCUUUUAUCUUCCAUGGGCAAAAGGCACAUUUACUGGACAAUAGCUUCCACCUUGCUCUCUUAAUUUCCCAGAAAAUAUCACUACUACACUUUUUAAAGUUACUGGAGACCUGUCAGAUUCUUUAUCGCUCUUUACAACAAACUAUUUGUUGUUUCAGUAAGUGCAUCACGUAACUGUCUUCGUGCCGUGGCAUUUAUACCCACUCAUCUGCACAGGAUAUAUGAAUUUUUCAAACAGUCAGUGUGUUUCCCUACAUCCUUAUAGAAGCCUUAAAAAGAUUUAGACAUUUUCCAGUUGCUCAUCCAUUACAUUUUAAAAUUGGCUUUAAAUACAGUUUAGGAACUCAGUUAUAGAAUUACCAUUAAUUUUAUCUCGCUUACA